AUGAAUCAGGAUUGUGUAGAAUGCCAGAAGAAAGAUCAAAAAAUCAAAGAGUUGAAAUAGAAGAUUGCAGAGUUAGAGGAAUAGAUCGAAACCUUUGGACCUGAGUUUUCCUAAGUCAAAGGACUUGAUGAAAAUUCGCAAAAGCUUUUGAAGGAAAACAUACAGAAAGCCAUAGGAGAUUUGAUUAAUUAGGACCCAAAGCAAAAACCAAAUCAAUUUAAUGCUCCUUAUUAAAGAACUUAAACAAGCAAUUUGACUGAAUUUUCAAGAUAACUUAACAUCGAUGAAUAACACACCUAUCUUGGAUAAAGAUUUUUUGAACACUUUCUAAUUAUCGGACCUGACAUUGAAGAAUUAAAAUAAGUCAGUGAACACACAAAUGAAGUCUUGGUGAAACCUAAAAUUCUAUAUCAAUUUCCUAAUGUCAAUUAACAUCUUUAUGAUGUUGUUCCAAUCUACACAUUCCCUAAUGGUAUCUUAGCAAAAAGGUUAGAGGCAUCAUCUCAAAAUUUCAAUGACAAAGUAUUACCAGAAUUAAAGCAAAUUAUUAUGCAGACUCUCCAAUUGACCAAGGGAGAUAACGAAUAUUCAAUAACCAUUCCUAGAGAAGACAUCUAAGAAAAUAGUAGAAUGACUGUAAGUUAAUUUGUAUAGGAGUCCAAUCCAAAUGUAUUCAGGAACAUCAUUUGUUUUGAAAUCAAUGAAUUCAUUUGUUUGGAUCCUAAAACAUAUGGUUGUUGGUUAUGUCCGAUAGUCCAUUGUUUUGUGAGCUAUUACCCAUUCAUCAAAUUCUUUUUGAAAGAAAAUGCCAACAUAUGGAACCAAUUAAAACUUGAAAGAAUUGAACCCUGUCUUUGUGAGGCAUCGAGUCAUGAAGUGUUAAAGAGAGACUUCGUGUUCAUGAAGAGCAAAUUGAAUACUAUAAUAGAUAGAUUAUUUGCCUUAAGAAGCAUUUAAGUAACUUAUGACUAGAAAUAUCAAUUGAAUGAAAUAUAAAUUCAAACACCCAAAAAGGAUAGUGCAUAAUACUUAUAAUUUUUAUGGGGUUGCGAUUAGACAUUCCAAACCUUGUCAUUCAAAGAGUUGGUGUACUUAAUCUCUCAUGUUUUACUUUCUCAAAGAGUUAUCCUAUUUUCUAAAAAGAAAUCAGUGCUAUCUCAUGUGAUGUUAACAGUCAUUUCCCUCAUGCACCCUUUCAACUACAAAUUGCCCUUCUGUAUAUUCAUACCAGAUGAAUUGAUUGAUAGAUUAGCAGCUCCUUGUCCCUAUUUUUUUGGAGUCGUUGGAGAAUAUGACAACUAUUCCUCAAGAAUUGAAGAAGCCCAAUAAGAGGACAUUACAAUGUUUGAUCUAAACACAAAGAGAGUGUUCUAUUCAAAAAGUUAAAGUCGAGAUUUGAAGAAAUGCAUUGCUCCAAUCAAAAGAAAUUCGCAUCUUAAAUAAUUAUACAGUGUGAUCAAUAAUUCCAGAGACAAUGCUUUCAAAUAAGUUGGGAAACACAAACCACAAAAAUUAGAGAAAUCUGGCAGCUCUAAUUAAAUUUUUAAAGAGAAUGAAAAAUAGUAUAUGCAAUUGCUUAAGGAUAUCGCAAAGUCAUUCUAGACCUUUUGGCAUUCCACAGUUACAUAACACAUACCAGUUGAUAGGAAAUUCAUCAAGACUGGUAGUAUGGCUGCAUUGAAUUUGCAAUUGCUUUCGGAAGUCAUGUUAUCAAAAUGUCCCAAAGAUUCUAAACGAUUCAUCAAAGAACUAAUUUAAAACCCAACAUUUACAGGUUAUUUGGAUGAACUUUAUGAAGUUAUUUAUUAAUAAAAUUAAUGA